AUGACAAUUGCCAUUGGAUUUGAAGGUAGUGCAAAUAAGCUGGGUAUUGGUAUCAUCAAAGAUGGAGUCGUUCUUUCCAAUGCCCGUACAACAUACAUCACUCCGCCAGGAGAAGGUAUCUGAUGCAGCACGUGAACAAAACAAGCUUCGCUUUAAGAAAAUAUCAUUCCAUUAUCGCGAGACAUUGAGUUAGAGAAAUAGAUUACCGUACAGCUCCAUACAUGUAUUAUGCAUACAUAUUUCGGCUCUGUUCAUAUAAACUUGUGUAAAAUAGUAUGAGCUUUUUGCAUGGAUAGGGGGGUUACGGAAAUCUCACUGAAAGUGCUAUACAAGUUACAUGUAUGUAAAGGAUUACUAUACAAAUAUUUUUGCUUUAGGGUUCUUACCAAGGGAUACUGCGAAACACCACCGUGAAAAUAUUAUUGAUAUCUUAAAAAGGUAAGUUGUGUCCGAGUGGAACUGGUGUCGGGGAGCUCAAAAUAAUGCAGCAGUCAGUGUUAAGCCCCAGGAUAGGGGGGCCGGGCAUACCCAGGGGGAUUUGCCAUUUCACAUAGUCAACAGCUAUGCAAAAUUAUUGGAACAAAAGAAAAUUUUUACAUAAGAAAAGAGUUCAAUCUCCACAGGACUGUUUGGAACACCAACAUGGCCCCUCUUUCAUUGUUUUGGAACACCAACUUGGCAGACAUGACGUCGUGUGAAAUGCUUUAUUCCCAGGGGGAAUACACUGAUGUCAAGUACCCCGUCCCUGGGGAUAAUUUUUUUGGAUUUAAGAAAGAUGAUUUAAGAUGCAUAUUUCCUUAUCGCUACCCAGACAUUGACAAACUUUAUCAUUCAAAGCAAAUUUUUCUUUCUUUUCUUUGGCGGAGAACCCACUACAUGACCUGCAAAUAAGUGCCUACAAGUAAUGGUCUGCUCAUGCGCAAUGUCGUCUAUUUGUGUUUGGGUACAAAUAAUGUUCUGCUCAUGCAUAAAAUAAUCACACCUUUCUCCUUCUAGCAAUCACUCUUGCGUGAAAAUGGCAGAUCACUGUCCCCUUUUCCCGGGGAAAUUCAUUAAAAAACAAACUCGGUGAUCAAAUGAUAAAACAAUUGUUGAACUCGGUAUCACAAAAUAUCUUGAUUUGCCACUGUCUCGCAGAUCAAUAUUAGCGUAAAAUAAGCCCCGGUGCUUAUAUUUUUCAAAGGUCCUUUUUGAGGGGCUUAUUUUUGGAGGGGCUUAUAUUCGGAGGGGCUUAUCUACGGAGGGAAAUUUGCCUCUCAAAAUCGAUUGGGCUAGCCUUAUAGUUGGAAGUAAAUUUACCAUUUUUGCUUUGUUUUACUUUGUAUUUGAGGGCUAUUUUCCAAGUACAAGCCCCCGGGGGGCUUAUAUUUGGAGGGGCGAUUUAACGCACGGUUUUUUUACGUUACCAAUUUGAGGGGCUAAUAUUUGGAGGGGCUUAUACAUGGAGGGGCUUAUUUUCGGAAUUUUACGGUAUUUGCCUCAGCUCUUUGCUUAAGAUCUGAUGGUGGCUUCUUAUAUAUCUAAACAAUUUUAAUUUGCUGUAAGUCAUAACUGUACAUUUUCCUUUCAGAUCUUUAAAAGAGGCAAACGUCACACCUCAAGAGAUUGACUGCAUCUGCUACACUAAAGGUAAAAAGAAGAGAUUGAGACAGAGAAAGGAGUCAAUGAUAGUCAGAAAAUAAUUUAGGAAGCCAGAAAAGUUGGUGAAAUGUAAUUUAACUAAGUUAACCACCACAAGCUUAGCGGUCAAGCGGUUCAUGAGCUUAGCAGUUAAGCCGUUCACAAGCACAGCAGGCGAGCAGUUCGUUAAGUGGUCCACAAGCUUAGUGGUCAAGCGGUCCACAAGCAUAGCGGGCAUCCACCAGUCAAUCCCAUAAGUUUGCAGGCUCACAUGGUACGUGGUAGCUUUGUACACUGCUGGAUCUUUGUGCAGCCGUCUGUGGAGUCGUUGCCUUAGUGUCUUCCCACCUCCCAUCCCUUAUUUUUCUUCCUUCCACUAAUUCAUCAGUGUGAUGGGUGCCUGGAAUGGGGGCUCAUGGCUGGGUUCCUGGGAUUUGCCAGCCAUGGGGGCAGUGUUCUAUCUAGGAGAUGGCUGGCCACAGUGAAGCUCCUGGGUAUCCCAGGCACCUGCCUUCUACUUAAGUGAAGCAGUCAGUUAAUACAAGUUUAAAAUUUUUAUGGAAAUAUACUGUAACAAGUAGACAGUCAUGUCUGGUUUUAAGCCUUAGUGGCAGUUCUGUUGUAAAACAAACAUAAAUGUUACAAGAUGCAAGCCUAAGUAAGUAAUUACUGGUAAAUGAAAUGCCUCCCCAAGUGUUGCGGUUUAAGAUAGAGUAGGUUUGUGUGCCUUGAUGACCCUGGAAGCUAAUAUACCAGUUGCGACCUUUGUCUCUGGUGGGUUCAAACCUGCUGGGCAGGUUUUUGGGUGAGAUACCAGAUGAACUGCAAUGCCUGGCCCUCCAGGCUGGGUAUUGGGUGAUGAGUUAAUGUCCCAUCCCCCUAAAAAAUUAUCAUUACUGAAAGCAGACACACUUUUCAAAAUAGCAGGAGAAGUGUGGAGGUCUUAAAUGUAACAGGACACGAAGAGGUGAGGCAGGUAGAUAGGUUAAAAAAUAGUUUGCCAAAGAUAAUAUGUUUUAGGUUUUAAGCAAGCUUUCUUCGAUAGUACCAUACAAAGUAUAUGAUGACAGUUUGACGACUAAUAUAAUGAAAUCAGUUUAUUAUUACCAGUAUUAUUUUUAUUAUCAGGGUUUGCAUUAUCAAUAUUAAACCAUUAAAUCUAAAUUUUAGGCCCUGGUAUGGGAGCUCCUCUGGUGUCAGUUGCAAUAGUUGCCAGGACAGUUGCCCAGCUAUGGAAGAAACCACUGGUAGCUGUCAAUCAUUGCAUAGGACACAUAGAGAUGGGGCGACUUGUGACAGGCGCUGUUAAUCCCGCUGUUCUGUAUGUCAGUGGUGGUAACACUCAAGUCAUAGCUUACUUGGAGCGACGCUAUCGUAUAUUUGGAGAGACUAUUGACAUUGCUGUUGGCAACUGCCUGGAUAGAUUCGCUAGGGUGUUGAAGGUAGGGAGUGAAGUUUUGAUUUUACUUGUAAAUUAAUGUAUUGUCGGGAAGAUAGUUAAACCUUGAUUUUAGAGUCUUGUAGGAGGGACUUGACUGCACCAACUCGCUGAUCAAUACAUAAACAUCUUUAAUUGAGACUGAGAGUUUCUUACCUAAACAUAACUAUUUCAGUAGAUUAGACAACUUUCUGACAAUCAUUGAUUUACAUAAACAGCAAUGAUGUGCAAAGCAUUAAUAAUCUCAUCUUGAUAUUAAUUAGUUAUCAAAUGAUCCAAGCCCUGGCUACAACAUAGAGCAGAUGGCUAAAAGGUACAUGCAUUCUUUGAAAUUUUUUUCUUUUGCCAGCAUUUUGUGCUUGAAACAGACUAUCAUAACUUUUGAAUGGAAAUUUUGUUUUAUUUGUGUUUUCCAUUUUUCAGAGGGAAGAAACUUAUAGAUUUGCCUUACACUGUAAAAGGAAUGGAUGUGUCAUUUUCAGGAAUUCUGUCUUACAUAGAGGUAAGGAUAUAUAUGUUUUGGUUCAAUUUUAUCCUUGGUUUAAAUUUUAUUUUCAUAUGUUUCAAAAUCAUUAUCACACAUUACCAUACCAAAAACAUAGAAAAUACAAUUUAGACCAAGCACAAAAUUGAACCACAACACUGUACUCGAGCAACUGGUCCAAAACAAGAUCUGUUUUUGCAGUUUCUUAUCAUUAUCAUUAUUGAUAUUGAUCAUUGUUAUUUUAAUAUUGUUUAUUAUAUCAGAGUAUGGCUCCUAAACUGCUUGAAUCAGGUGAUUGUACACCAGAAGACUUAUGUUUUUCCCUUCAGGUAAGAAGCAUGUUUAGCCCUUUAAGCCCCAAUAUCCACAUACAAAUUCUCCAAACUGAUCUCUAUACAUUUCCUUUAAGAGUUAGUUAAGAGAAUUUGAUAAAAGAUCAAAGCAUUUUCUCUUAGGUAAUCAUUUUAUUAAUUCACAUAACCGCAUCUUAUGACAAUGUAUGAAUAUCAUUAGGAGAAAAUUGCUGUUGGUCACUAUUGGGACAUAAGGGUUAACAAUAUUAUUGGUUGGGGCUGAGUAUGAUAUGAAGAAUUAUUAUGAUGAAGGCAGUGUUAUCAAGGCUGUAGACCAAGGUGGAUAACAACUUCAAAUCUCAUAUAACAAAAUUGUUCAUGUCUUGCAAGAAAGCCAAAUUCAAAAAUAAUACUUUCAGAGGUCUAAAAUUGACAAAAUGUGCUUAAUUUUGAGUUCUGUGAUACAAUGCACUGUCAUAACAACUCGAGUUAUUAAAUUCAAAAAGCGUAUUCAAAAUUUUCAUCUAUUUCUGCUCUCUGGAUCUGCUCAUGUGAGCAAAAGGGAGAAAGAUAGAAGACUCAGGGAAUACGUUUGCCAUUAUUACAUGAUGUCAAUUGUCCACAAUUUGCUGUUAUUCCCUCUUUGAGGUCAGUGACUGACGUAAGUGAGGGAAUAAAAAGAAACCUCUUCCAAAAAAAACUUUGCUCAGCUUCAGCAGAUUAUGAGGAAUAAGCUGCGGGAUUAAAGCUAAUCAGAGAUGGAGAAAUAUUUAACUACAUAGUUAGUUUCAAGAAUCAGAAUGUAGAAUUUUAAAAUUGUGUGGUUGUACAAAGGAUUUGCUUCACCGACUUAAAAGUUUAAGCAAUGUAAGGUACGUAGUCAGCAAUCAGAAAAAUAACAAAUCAGGCUACUAAAUUACUGUAGAUUGAACAAGGUUAGAGAAAUUUGUGUUAUUACAAGACAAAAGUGUUUGUUUUGAAGUUGAAAGGUUUGUUUCCUUUUUUUCAGGAAACAGUUUUUGCCAUGUUGGUGGAAACCACAGGUAACAUACCAUAUUUUAUGUACAUGUAUGUUUGUCCUUUAACAGUGUGAGGUUCCCCACAGAAAAGUGCUCUACUGUUUAAGCUAGUUUUUUCUGUACCUGGGGCUUAAUAACAUGUGAUCCAGCUCUUGACCGGGGUGAGUGAGGUUGGUGGUGGGAAAAGGAGACUCUAAACUCCACGUCAGAUCCCCGGAAUUACUUUUUGCUUUGUUUACCUCUGUUUGCGUCAUUUUCAGAAAGAGCAAUGGCUCAUUGUGGAUCAAGUGAGGUCCUUAUUGUUGGUGGAGUGGGAUGUGAGUAAUUUUUAGCUUAUUUUGUAGGCUACAGUACUUUUACUAUCACUUUUACCACAAAAGUCCAAAAGAGAGACAUGUAAUAAUAAUAUUGAUUCCUGUGGAUAAAUUUCCAUAGUGUGUCCCAUUCAAAUUUUAAUUUGAAGGUAUAAAAACCUUUUACAAAGAUUUUUUAUUUGGUUUAUUUACUACAUUUACUACAAAUUUCUUUCCACUACUUGCAAAAAUAUAUUUUUAAAUUCUUCUUCUGAUUAUGUAAUUUUGAACUGUCUUGGGGAUUGAAAGCGAGCAAUAAUAGGCUCACUAUCUUGUUUGUUAAAAGGGCAUAAUUGAACUUUUGUGAUGUUCUUAGUGUUGUGCCUGCUUUUCUGUAACAUCGUUACUGCCAUUUUAGACCUGUGAUGACCUUACCACAUUCCUUAAUGUCACAUGAUAAAUUCAUGUAGAGUGUAUUCAUGAAAUUAUCCAUUUCAUUCCCAAACAUGAACCCAGAAAAUUAUCCUUCAAGUCAGGGUCAACAUGUGGCAUUUAUGUAUUUAUAUUCUGUUACUGAUAGGCAACAAGAGAUUACAAGAAAUGAUGGGUAAGCUAAGUUAAGGCUGGAUUCAAUUAUUUUUAUACCUGUUAUAGCACAUUAGAUCACGACGCGCGAGGCAUGACUUGACUUUUAACAGUUGUAGCACACUGUCAUGACCUUGCUCUUUGCAGUAGCAGAUCUAAGUGAGGGGGGGGGGGGGGGUGUUAUUUUAACCAAAAGCAAGGCCAGUAGGGCCCAGAUAUUAAGAGCUGUGCUCUAUCAGCACACGGUGGCCCCUGCAGGUGCCUUACUUGUGCCCCUUUGGCAACUUGGGCCACUUUCCAUUCAACCCAAAAGUCCGGAAAUUUUGGUUGGUACGUCAAAUGGACGGACUGUUUCGGUUUGGUCCGACCAGAAUAUUCGGGACCAGCUUUGAAGGUGGUCCACUUUGACCACUCUGGUCUUUUCGGUCGGCCAGACCGAAAUGUCCCUUUCCAUUUGAGAAAAUUGUUGUCCCCAGUGCCGCUCUUUUUUGUCCUGCUUACAAGAACAAUAACCAAACAGAAUGUACCAUUCCAUUGGGCAUGUGGAAUUUCCAAAAUUUCAGACCCAAAUUUUUGUUGAGUGGAGAGCGCCCUACGAAAUCUUGAAAGUUAUACACUGGACACCCUGGAGCACUAAACUCCCUUCAUUUUUUUAGAGUACUGCCUUGAUAUUGUGCAAAACACUCACCUUAAGGUAGGGAUCCAGCACUGCUUAAAUCAUUAUACGUUUCUGGGAAACUGCCCACCUACCCCUCCCCUGAGCCAACAUUUUGCUCUAAGUGAGAAGUAAGCAUAUUCACAGAAUGUUUUUUUCUAUAACCAGAUCUGCAGUUGGAUGUUUGAUUUUUCUUUCCUUUAGAGACAAACUAGUCGAUGCAAGAGAUCACAAAAAUGAUCCACUUUCAGAUUAGGAUUUAUUUCUUAUCGAAACUUUUCUUCAAUAGUAUCAGCCUUUCAUGGUCGUUUUUCUUGUUCCCUCAGGUAUCAUGGCUAAGGAGAGGGGUGCCAAACUUUACGCUACAGAUGAAAGGUGAAAUGUGUUUUUGUUUUAUUUGUAAAAAAAAUCGUUACCAGCACCUUAAUGUUUCCAAUGACUGAUCAUUUCCUUAUGUAAUUCUGACACUUUGUGGUUUAUUUCACGCCAUGUAAUGUAAUCCAAAGUAGUCUUGGAUUCUGGAUUCCACGCUGUGGAUUUUACACUCCAGUUAUUGGAUUCCAGAUUCUUUGUCGAUAGAACUUGAAUUCCGGUAUUCGAGAUUCCUUCAGUUGGAUUCCAGAUUUCAAGGCCCAGUGUCCCGUAUUCCACAAGGGAAAAUUUCCCAGAUUGCAGAUUCCACAUUCAUCAUGCAAGAAUUUGUCUGAUUCCUGAAUCACGAUCACUUUACUUGGCGUGAUUUAUUUUGACAAUAAAUAAAAUUUGUUAUCUUACCUCUCUGUCAAUCAUUCUCAGAUUUUGCAUCGACAAUGGAGCGAUGAUUGCUCAAGCCGGUUGGGAGAUGUUCCGAGCAGGACAUGUAACUCCACUAGAGGAAUCUACAUGUACACAGAGGUAUGUUCAGAAGAAAUGUUUAGAAAUCAGUGAGUUAGUUUAGCUGAUCUUUUCUCAAGCAACUCGUACUGUGUGAUUAUAGCAGCAUGCGUCAAGAUCAUUCAGAGCACGGCACGCAAAGUUCAUCUUCUACCAGUUGUACUUAGUCGAGCUUCAAACAACUGUAACUGAUAUUGCCGCAAAAUGUUUUGUGAUACUGCACGAUGAUCUGGGUUUUUUUGUUGCUUUUUAUGGUAUGUACUUACAAGCAUGGUAGUCAUGUAGUUUAUAAUUGUUUCUGUUUAUAGAGUGUUUUCACUCACGUGGCCAGUAUAUAUGCAAAUUUAUUGUAACGAAAGAAAGCGUUUGCAUAAGAAAAGAGUUCAACUCUCAGGGGACUGGUUUGGGACACCUACAUGGCCGCCGUUUCAUUGUUUUGGGACACCAAUAUGGCCGCCGUGACGUCAUGUGAAAACACUCUAUUAUUAUCAACCACAUCACUGUCAUACUUGUAAGUGCAUACCUAAAAAACGAUCAAUAAUUUGCCCCUGCCUCCACUAUAUGCUUGCCACUGAUAAAUCACAUUAUUGAUUUUUGCCUGUCCAGAUCGAAUAGUUGUUUUAUGUAGGAACUUUGAUAACGGUUAUAGAGGCUCCUUUUUGUUGAACGUUGUGAAAAUAAUUUUUUCCCGGCAGGUUUAGAACGGAUGAAGUUGAAGUAACUUGGAGAAGCGACAGUUGACCCUUCAAUAGAGAAUAGCAAUUAGUGAAGCAGUUACCAGUAGUCACUUAUAUAUUCAUUUGGGAGCUGAUGUAACCGACGAGGGCGAAGGCAACGAAAACGUCACUUAAAUAGGGACUUCGCGCUGUUUCAAACUUUUUGGAGUUGGAUUCUAAAGGACCAUAUCUAAGUUUAGCAAUACGUCCUCCAUAACACGUGAAAUUAGGAUGUUUCACGUCGUAGUCGUGCAACGACGGUGGAGAAAUAUACAAAAAAGUUUCCUGCACAUGCACGUGCAAAGUUGUUGUUUUGCCAAGAUGUUUUUGCCGUUCUUGUUGCCAUUGGCCAUUGCAGUCGUCGUUGGUUAAGCUCCUAAUUCUAUUAUCGUCCGUUUCUCUUGCACUGAAAGAUAGUAGCCAGUAAGUAAGGAAAGCGUAACACUGACGGUCAGGUAGAAUUUUUAUGUGUCGGUUAGGUUAUGCUUGAAUAAUAAAUGAGUAAUGUCACAUUCUCUUAUUCGCGAAGAUUCACUAAGUUGUCAUGAUCUCGAAGGGCAAAAUAAGGUAAUGACGCCGGACACCAAAAAGCGGUGAGAAAAAACCUAGUGAGAUUGAUCUCUUAUAUUCUAUUUAGAUAUGUUUAUACAUUUUUUAUUGAAGGAGUUCUUCAUCGCAAUGUUAAUUCAGCCAAGCACUUGUACACGCAAACGCUUUCGAGCCUGUAAAGUAUCACUGUGCUGAACUCUUAGACCAAGAGCCUAGAAUCAAUUAAAAUUCUAACUUAGCAGAACGCCGUUUGUUUAGCCUGUUCCCUGCUCCAAGGUGGUGGGGAGAACGGAUCGAGAAAUAAGUGCGAAAAGGCGCGUGAGGGCUCUUUCGCUUUUUCGCCGCCUGCUCUCUCGCUUUGUUCGCCGGUCCACACUGACCGAGGGCCUGGCACAGGCUACUGUUUGUUAUGUUACGUACUUAACACUUCUGUAGGCAGUUGCAGAAUACUCUAGUGUUGACGGCAAGCCCUGCGUGCUCGUAUAAAACUCAACAUACUAGUGAGAACAUAAUAGGACAAUUGCACGAUCACGUCAUUUUACACAACUACCAGAAUCCUUCAGUUUGUUGUUUUCUUGUGUAAAUUAGGGCUAUUGUUCUUUAAACCUCAUUUGAAUUGAC